AUGGUUUGGGGUCUAUUUCCCGUCGACCCACUUCCAGGUGAAGAUAAAUAUUAUUUUUUCAGUCAAGGAACAUACAAAGUGGGUAGAAAAGGUUGUGAUAUAAUUGUAAACAAAGAUAAAGGAGUUUCAAGGAUCCAUGCUGAAAUUAUCAUAGAUGAAAUGAUAUCUGUAGAUCUUUCACACAAGAAAUCUUCAAAUAAUUCCUCUAAAGUCAGGAUCCGAGACUGCUCUAAGUAUGGAACAUUCAUCAACAAGAAUAUGAGUUCAAAGGAAAAAGUUCACGAGUUUCCACAUAAAGAAACCAUGCUGAAGGAUGGAGACAUGGUAUCUUUUGGAACUGGUAAUGCAACAUACAGGUUUUGUUUUGUUCCCUUCAUAUUUUUCAUGUGCUCAUCUAAGCGUACGGAAGUGAAUCAACUGCAAGACAAGAUAUCUUCAAUUGGUGCUAGUUUGACUCAUACGUGGACAUUGCAGUGUACACAUGUUCUUGUUGAUGACUUCAGUUCUAUUACUUGUGAGGCCAUUGAUUCUAUAAUGGCUAAAGUAGCCCUGGUCCGAUGUGAUUGGGUUGAGUUUAUUGCAGGAAAAGGUAUAUGCACUGAAGUUCCAAGCUCCACCUCUUAUGCUCCAACUUUGAUGUUGGAAGGGCUGUCAAUCAAAGUUACAGAUCCUCAAUCUCGAGAACAUUGUUUGAGAGGAUAUACCUUUUUGUUGGAACCAUUACACAAGUAUAAAUAUCAGGACAGGUUGCCUUUAUUGUUGGAUGUUGGUGGUGCAAAAGUUAUUUAUGUUGAAGCUCUAGAGCCUGAGAGCCAAGGCUUAGAAGGUGGAGACAACCAUGUAGUGCGUGUAAUCCCAACUGGAUUGCCAAGUAGCACUGAGUGUUGUCGUAAAUUUAGUUAUCUGCCAAAGUUGAAUGAGAUGGAUUUGAUUUCAGCUGUUUUAUCUGGACAUCUGGAUGAUUCUAUUAUUGUAUCAGCACCUGUGCUGGUCACCUCUUCGUGCUCCACCGACGAAACCGUGGUAGCAGAUUCUGAUGUCGACAUGGAAACUGCCACAUCGAUUCAUGCAUCAGCUGCAGUUUGUGCAAUGGAGUCUGCUGAACGUGAAAGCAAACAAGAGAGAAAUAUCCACAAGGCUGAAUCUGCUGAAAAUUAUUGCAGAGCAGAAAGUAUCGUCAACGUUAUAGAUUCUAUUGAUCAGGACAAUAAAGGGGAUACAGCUAUGAGCACAAUCAAAACCAUUAAACAUGAUAUUGAUAGCCAAGGAUUUAUACCUUCUAAUCGUGCUGCUCUUGAGCCCAAUAGCUUUAAUUGCACCGACAAUAAAAUGUCAAGAAAAGAUAGUAUUGACAUAUCUGAAAGUGGGAAGCUGGAUAUUAUAUACAGCCAAGACCUAAUAGUGAGAGAUUCUAAGUUACCAGCUCCUGGCCAUUCUUCAACAAGUAGUGCGGUCACAAAUUUCAAACUCUUCAGGAAGAUGAGGACUCCGUCAGGCAAUAGCUUCCACAACCUUAUCCCAUUUUCGAAGUAUCCAUACGAAGAAUCUGACUAUGGAAAUGAGGAUGUUGCUGAAUCUGUAAAGGAAGAGAAAAAGCGGAAACAAAUGGAAGCUAUAGCAGAGGACUUGUUCAAUACAGAGAAGGGGAGACGACGUGCUGCUGGACCUCUAUAUGGAAUUUUUGCUCGUCGCUAA